GUACACUCAGUAUAGAGCUACUAGCAUGUAUGGAGUAAACAUGUCUCAAAAGGGUUACAAAUGGUGUGAUCCACAAGCUUACACUUAAAUGUAUAAAUGUGUACAAUUAUUUGUGUGUAACUCUUUAGGACUCACAAGCGUGUGCUUCAGUCCACACACGUACAAAACAAUUUGAACACACAUCAAAAACACAAAUUCAAAUACACAAGCCUGGAUAAAUGUAAUGAUCUGCAUGCAGUUUAUUAAGUUCAGCUUCAUAAAUUGGAUACGUUUGUCUUUCAUAAAGCUCCCACUCGUACAAAACCUUAAGUAGGAGUGCACGAAUCACCUGAUAUGCACAGAUCACGCCGCAUGCCUAUGUGGGCUGCCAGCUUCACAUGGAUCCACAAACACAAGCGCUGUCAACGUGCUGGUGUAAAACAGGGACAUCCUCUAUAGUCCUUUUUGUUCUUUUUUUCAAAUGGAGUGGUCAUUGUUCUUCUAAAUAAACAGAACAACUUGUCACCCCUCUGCUAGCAAACAUAGAUUACAGAUAACACAGCGUAGCCUGUAAAUAUUAAUAGUUUAAAUAAGCUGCUGCUACAUGCUGGACAAUCUGCUGGGAAGACUCAUUCAGUGCUCAGCUGCAGAUGGGGGGACAUCAUGGUUGUACAUCACUGUGGAUCAUUCUCUGGAGUGAGUAUGUGCUAAAUAAUCUCUGUAUAUUUUAAAUAAUCAUAUAAUCCAGGUAAUGUGGAAUAACACUUUCAUGUUAAUCCUACCAUUCUCUAAUAACAGUAGGUUAACAUUAAUGUUAGCUUAAUGACUAAUUCUUAACUUUUCAGGAUGUAGCAGCAGCUUAUUUAAGUGAUAUAUUACCUUUUAUAGGUUACUGCGUUGUGUCUGUAAUUAGUGAUGAGUUGUUCUGUUUAUUUAGAAAAGAAACACCCACUUCAAGUAAUACAGAGGAAACCCAGACGUCCCAGUUUUGCACUGGGACGUCUGAACGAUCUGUGAGAAGCUGGCAGCCUGAAAUUUAUCUCAAAACCUCACGUGGGCAUGCAACAUGAUCUUUGCGUAUCAGGCGAUUCAUGCACUCAAAUUUAAGGUUUGGUAAGUGCGCAAGUGAGAGGAUAUGUCUAGUUUUAGAUGUUUGUGUGCACAGAGAGCUUUUGAAAGAGAAAAUGAUCCAAUUUGUGAAGCAAAACGUAAUCACAACGUAAAUGAUCAGUAUUUAUUCAGGUUUGGGUGCAGGCAUUUGUAAAAUAGUUGGAGGUGUGGUCAAAUUGCUUUGUAUUUGUGGAUUGAAGCAUGCUCGCAUGAGGUCUCAAAAGUUAGCAUUUGUAGCCUUUUUUGAAACCUGUCUCCAAAUGCACGUAUAUAACCAUGCAUGUAUACCUCCUAUAUCUGUAACUUUUCAGUCAUCAGUCCAACACUGUUUUUUUUAAUUAAGCUGAUCACUAAUUUGCAAAUUUCCUAUUAGCUCUACUAAAUGCAACAUUAAACUUUCUGUCCUUUGUUGGAGAAACUGGAAAUGUCCCUGUCAUCUUUUGUUUGUUGUUCUUAAAUCAUUCAAAGUUAUCUUCCUAAAAUCCCUGAUUACAUUUUUAUCCCUUGUAUAUUAAUAUUUAUUUAUUUAUUUAUACUCUUUUUCACGAGUUGCUAUUUUCUUUGUUUGUACAAAUUGUGAUAUGAGUUUAGUUUACUGACACUAAACUGUAUUAUACAUACAGCCGAUGUUUAACCAAGUAAUAUGAAACGUUUGAUGCCUCAGAAACAGUUCUACACAAAAAAGGUCAAAAGGUCAAAUUGGAAGAGGAUGUGACGUUUGAGAUCCCCACGUUGAGAAAGACAACCAGGGUCAUGAGAGAGGUGGAAGAAGAACAAGAGAUUAUCAUAUUGAAGAAGAUCCCAUCAGUUCCACAAAAAGAGCCUGAACAAGAGGAAUUACCUCUGGUCACCAAGACCACAGUUGUUAAUGUUGAGGAGAUGGUACAUAAAGAAGAAGCUGCUGAGAUUAUGUUUGUCACCACGAGAUAUGAGGAGGAGAAGAAGCUAAAAGAGAAAGCAGAUGUGGUGAAAAAGCCAAAAGUUAUUCAACCUAAAGAAGCAAAGGAACAAAAAGAGACUCCUAAAGAUGCGUGGACCCGGCAGAAGCCUGGCCCAAAAGAUGAGAAACCCAAAGAUACCAUUUCUCUGAAGAAAACUCCCAAGACACCUAAGGAGGAGGAAAGUGCCCCACCCAGUACAGCCCUAAAGAAAGUUAAAAAAUUGCCUUUGGAUGAAGUGGAACCAGAAGUAGUCAAACUGAAACCCUUCGAGAAGCCUCUUAAACCAGCAGAGGAUCCAGAGAAAGACAAGAAGGAGAGGCCAGAGAAGGACACGUCACCUUUUCAGAAGGGGGAAAGGCUUCCCAGACAGGUGGAAACCACAGAACCUCCAAAGCAAUCUGAGAAAGAACCUGUUGAAGUAAAAGAGCCACCAGCCAAGGUGCCAAAACCAGGAGACCAAAAGAAAUCUCCAGAGAAGGAGCCUGAAGAGGACAAAAGGCCAAAAAAGGUGAAGAAGAUUCCAACAGUGGAACCAGAGAUAGAAACAGUCAAGUUGAAGCCCUUUGACAGGCUGGCCAAACAGGCUACAGAGCCUGAGAAGAAACCCGCAGAGGAGAAAGAAAGGAGGCCAACUGAUGAUCUGCCAAAACGUCACACAAGUCCAGCUGAGACCCCUGAAGAACGGAAACAACAGGCUAAACCAAAGAAACCUGAGAUCCCAGAAGCUCCAGAGAAGAAGCCGGUGAAACCGGAGAAGGUAGAUGUAGCUCCGUUGGAAAAGACCAUACUUCCUGUUCCAGCCCCCGCUGAGAAACCUGAAAAGGUUCUCGAGGAGAAAAAACCUCUGCAAGUGAAGAAAAAAGUGUUAUCAAAGGAAAAAGAGGAAGUAUCUCUAAAACCUGUAGAGCAGCUCAAGAAGGUAGAGCUCAAAAAGACUCCCUCCCCGAAAGUUGAGAAACUUAAAGAAGCAGAGACAGUUGCAGCUGAGAGAAGGCCAAGUCUUGACAAACUCAAAAAGCUUCCUAAAACUGUUUCACCCAAAGAAUCUAUUGAGGAUGUGAUUCUAAAAAAAGUCCCAAAGAAGCCUUUGCAAGAGGAAGCCAAGGUUAAGGAACCGGCAAAGCCUGAUGAAGGAAAGCUUCCCUUGGUAAAGGAAGUCUCUCCUGGAGCCGUGGAGAUGAAGAAGGUUGCCACUCAGGCAGAGGAGGAAGUAUUUGAAGAGGAGUUUGAAGCUGAGAAUGAGGCUGUGCCAGAGGGAGAGGAGGCAUGGGGCUGGGAGCUGGUUCCAGAGGAGAGUUACGAGCUAGAGGACUGGGAAGGUGAAGCAGAGGAAGGUGCUGUGAAGGUUCCAGGGGUGGCCAGGAGAGGUGAGAUGGUGGCAUCUUCGGUGACAACCAAAAAAAGAAAAAACCCUGCCUCCCUGCCAUCAAUAAUAUCCACUCAUCUUCGCUUCCAUAACCUCAUUUUCCCUCCAUCGUAUUUUAAGUGUGAUGCGAUUUCUUCAUCUUUUCCUUAGACUUGUGUAAUCAUUCCGUGUCCGACUCCCGGUCACGUUUACCGCUUUGUUUCAUUUUUGUUAUGUCGUUUAUGUUUCUGCUAUUUGACCAUUCUCCAUUAUGUAUUGUCCCCACUCAUUGCAUUCGUCUUUGUUCUUCCAUUUAUUUUAAUUUUAAUGUAUCGUCUUCCUCAUCGUGUUUUUGUCGACCCCCAUGUGAGUGUCAAUACUUCAUAAACUUACCAUCAGAACCAUUUCAUAAUCCCCAGUCCAUUCACUACACUGGAUUUCCUUACCCUGGCAUGUUUAGCAUGAUAAGUAUGUAUGAUUAGCCUGUGAGCAUAAAAUAAUUUAUAUUCUUC